UCUCUUCCUUUAUUUUUUUUACCUCUCCUUCAGCAUUCUCUCCAUCCCUCUUCAACCCCUACAUUCGACUUUUUGCCGCAUUCCCAUAUCCACGUUCAAUUACCCCACUGAUAGCACCGAAUUCACAAUGGCCAAUGUCAAGAGCAGAUUCGAUGCCUCCUUCGCAGGCAACAUGCAAUCGACCGACGGACCUUGGCUGUCCACUUAUUCCCGAGCCCUCUGCUCGAUCUACCCCAAAGACGAAGAGGAUUGCUGGGAUUAUCUCCUCUCCACGCAGUCCUCAAGCAUCUUUUCAAAACAUUCUGAGAACCCUAUAACAACAACACCAAGCACACGAAGCAAGCAUGUUGCCGGGAGGGUAGCAGCAGAGACAACGGCCAAUGAACAGAUCAGCCGAUCAUUAUCGACCACACCUUCCUUAUCCUCUUCCGUCCCAGAAAUAUCGCUGUUGACUGAGUCUAGAACCGGAAGCAAUUUCGGCAACAACAGCAGGGAUGAUGAUAUUCUACUCGGGCCCUUGAGUCCCGGCAGUAUCUCCCACGCAUUGUGCAAGAUCGGGUUCGAUUGUAUUGAUUAUUUCACGGCUACCCAGGACGAUCUUACUACAUCUGAACCCUCGAAACCAACGCCUUCGCCCAACAACAACAACAAUGCCAUGAAAUCACUAGCGUAUACAAGUCCCGUGUUUGAGGACCUGACCGAGGCUGACUGGAGAACGGAUCUGGCGGCUGCGGUCUGUGGCAAGCGGACUGCGGCACUAGAGCGCAAACGAGCCCUGUCACGGACGAUGAGCCAAGAAGACGUUGGAGAUGCAACUGUGGCCGCCGCCAGCAAUGACCCUUGGUUUCAAACGCUCGAUCGCUUGGCCCGUUGGGAUGAGGUCGCCUAUCGCUGAGCCAAAGCAAAUCACUUCUUUUUUUUUCUUUUUUUUUUUGCCCCACACUUUUU